AUGCCUCAGUUUUACCGACAUCAAUGGACUUACAUUGAGGAAAUUCUCCUUAUCCUGUUGGUCAUUCUAUUGGGCCGUAAUUUGAGUAAUUGGAGGCGAAUUUCUCGUCUACUUAAUAGAAGUGUUUUUCAGUGUAGGAGGAGGUAUUAUGAAAUUAUAAAUCAAGAUAGUGGGAGUGCUCGAAGGAUUCGUAGAAGAGUUAAUCAGAGAGUUUCUCAAGGACUUCGACCAAUAGCUCUUGAAAGACUCCUCCAUGGAAUUCUUUUAGCUCAGCAGAAUAACACCAUAUCUCGUGAUCCAAGAAUGGAUCUAAGUCAUAUUUUGAAUACUUCUCGUGAUCUAAGUACUUCUAAUUCCUCUCAUGAUUCACGAGAUCCGAGAAUGAAUUUAAGUCAUGUUUUAAAUAUUUUCCGAGAUUCUAGGAUGAAUUUAAAUCAUAUUUUAAAUUCUUCGCAAGAUCCUAGAAUGAAUCUGAAUUUUAUUUUAAACAAUUCCUUAAAUCAUGGCUAGAAAUCUAAACCCUGUACCCUAUAAUUAAUUUUAUCGAUUCUUUAUUCAAGUUUAUUUUUACGUUCUACCUGUACCUGACAUUAUUUUAAAAAAGUUUUUUUUUUUUUUACAAUCCGAUGUUCUUACAAUAGAAAUUUGGUAAAAUAAAACUUCUAGAUAAAAUUAAUGUUCACGAAAAAAAAAAUCAAAUGUUUAAUAUUACCUAA